AUGCACACCACCACCGCUGCCAGCACGACGCAAGCAUUUCGCGCAGCGUCAAUACGCCGCCCCGCUUUCAUAAUAACUACGACUGCUGCUGCUGCGACGUUCCCCGCCAAACGGCGGUACCUUUCAGUAGUCCCCACGGCGAAGCUACUUAUUAACCAGACUGCCCGCCGUCCAUCGACGCCCCCCUCCCAAAUGAACUUCAACUUCUUCCGCAACUUCUUCUCCUCCCCCUCACCGCAAUCCGUCGCCAUGGCCUCCCAGAAAGCCCAGAAGCUCAUUGAUGAGAACGCCGUCGUGGUCUUCUCCAAGUCCUACUGCCCCUAUUGCAAGGCCACCAAGAGCCUGCUCAGCUCCCUGGACGCCGACUUCAAGGUUGUCGAGCUCGACGAAGAGUCUGACGGCAGCGCCGUGCAAGACGCUCUCCAGGAAAUCUCUGGCCAGCGCACCGUCCCCAACGUCUACAUCGCCAAGAAGCACAUUGGCGGCAACUCGGACGUGCAGAGCCUCAGCAGCUCCGGCAAGCUCAAGGCUCUCCUGACCGAGGCCGGCGCUCUCAAGGCGUAA